CAGGAUGCUGCGGGCAGCAUCGUCGCGUGCUCCUUUGUCAUACGCCUGCCGAGCAGCGAAGAUCCAUCAAUGCGCGCCGGCGCGAAACCAUGUUUCGGCCUCUUCGAGUACGAGGCUGCGGCUGCUCCCGAGCGGCUGUCGUCUGGUGGAGAACGGCGUGAGAGGGAACUUCAAGGGAUGGAAUACGCGCCGGCGAUUUGCGACGAUAGCAUCGCCCAUCACGAUUCAUGGUACGCCCUCACUCCGGGCACACACAAUCGUGCAUGCGCACAGUCAUCUGUCGCCGGAAUAUUUGCCCCUCGCUCAUUUCAGACGUUUCGCGUGACAGCAUCGAGGUGGUCCUGCCGUCUGGCGCGCGUCCUCGGCUGUCGUCCGAGUGGCUGCGCGACCACUGCCAGUGCAGCGGCUGCAUCGACUACAGCACCUACCAGAGGAAAGACCAGGCGGAGGCAUGGAUGGCGGCCAGCGGCGCGCCGGCCAUCGCCAGUGCCACAAUAGCCUCUCAACACGCUUCCUUGCCGGGUGAGCGAGCGGCGGGCGGGUCUGAGGUAGUGUGUGGGUGUUUCUCUGUAUCGGUAUGGGUGUAUGUGUGUCCAGUGAGUGACGAGAGUGGUGUGCUGGUGGUGGAGUGGGCCGAUGGCAAUGUGCACGGCCACGUCGGCCCGUCUGUGUACGGCCUCACCUGGCUGCAGAGGGUGCUGCAGCCGACAAGGGACACUGCAUCCGGUGAGUGAGAGAGGGGGAGCGACAUAAGCACAGCGGCCUGUGUGAAUAUGUGUGUGUGUGUGUAUGUGUGUGUGUGUAUGUGUGUGUGCAGACGUCUACACGAGGCGAGUAUGGACAUCAGAGAGCAUGACGAGCAGCCUGCCCGAAGCCACCUUCGCUUACACAGAGGCGAGGGCCCUCACCACAGCUCUCGUGGCUCGACUCGACAAGCCUCAUGGUCGGCCGCUUGAUCCUGUGUGUCCUCGUCAGGUGGUGACGAGCAACGAGCGGCUGCUGCAGUGCCUCGAGAGCAUUCGGGACUUCGGGUGCGCCCACCCCGUCCUCCCAUCCGUCCUACGUGCAAUCUGACUCCACAUGUCUGUCGGGCGUGUCAGAUUCGCAUUAGUGGAGUCGACGCCCUUGACGGACGAGGCGACACACGUCCUCUGCUCACGGAUCGCCUUCUUCCGACGGACGGUGUACGCCGACGGGCUGUGGAAGGUGGAGGUCAAACCCAUGCAGUCCGCGUCGGGAUCAGCUGACGAGGGCGACUACUCGACCGCUGACACGGCCUACUCGUCGCUGCCGCUUCACGCACACACCGACUGCACUUACUUCGGUCGGUACACACGCAGUUUGGUGCCGAAUGGAUAAAUAGAUGGAUGGAUGGAUGGAUGGAUGGCCGCACUUGGCCUGCGCCCGUGUGUGUGUGUGUGUGUGCAGAGGAUCCGCCAGGGCUGCAGGUGUUUCACUGCCACGCGAGCGACCCGGCCGGCGGAGGUGGGUGAGAGACACAGGGGUUGGCUGAUGUGUGUUGGGCUGGCGCAUACACACACACACAUAUACACUCACGCUCAGGUCAGUCGCUGCUCGUGGAUGGCUACCGCGUCGCCCAUGACCUGAGGGCAAACGCACCCCACACCUACGAGUACUGGCGCCGGUGCGCUGAGCCCCACCUUUCAUCAUUCGUCCCAUGAACGGACGAACGUAUGUGUCCAUGCCUUCCUGUCCUCUGUGUGUCUGUGUGUGUGUGUGCGUGUGUGUGGUUCGGUCAGGACGCCUGUGGCAUUUCACUUCACUGACGCGUCCAACCAGUACAUUCAGCACAAGCCCGUCAUCCAGACACUUGCUCAAGACGAGUCGGUCGUCGCCGCAUUCAGGUGACUGACCUCUGAUGGGCUGGGGUGGGGUGCUGAGCAGCCAUGCCAUGCCGUGCCAUUGUGUUUGUGUUUUGUGCUAGGUUCAACAAAUACGAUCGCGCCCCCGUUGCAAUGAGUCCGGACGAGGCGGCCGUCUUCUACAGACACCUGAAGGUCGGUCGGUCGGUCAACACACACUCGACGGGCACACAAGGCAGGAAGAGCCGGAUCCCAUCCACCACCCACCAUCCAUCCAUCCAUCCAUGUGCAUGGAAUGUCUGUGUGUGGGGGCCAGGUGUUAUUAUCGGCCAUUCGUGCCCCUGCCGGCGAGCUGUGGCUGUCCCUCACCCCAGGAACCACACUCAUAUUCAACAACCACCGGGUGAGUGAGCCAAACGCCCACACCCACCACCACCACAACCCCCAAUCAGCUUUGUGUUGUGUGUCCACUGGGGUGUGUGUGUGCAGGUGUUGCAUGGGCGCAGUGGUUUCUCGGUGCGGUCUCCGCGUAAGUUCAGUGGCGGGUACAUCUCGAUGGAGGACUACCACAACAGGAUCAGGGUGCUCUGCUCUCAACGAAAGAGCGGCGUCACCAGUGACUGACUGACGGACUGACUGACUGACUGAUGUCGAUAGUAUAUAUGGGUGGGAAGGAUGUGGUGGGGGGGGAGGGGGACAUUGUAAUUGUAUUGUGAAGGCGACUUGAUUGUCCAGGAUGCUCAUGCCGACGGAACGUCUGAAUGGGCUUCAG